AUGUCCCACCACUUUCACAUCGCCGGCGCAAGCCACGCUCUUCUCGACCCUUGGUCUCACGGAGCGAGCGUGGUGAAGGAUGUCUUCACCCGGUGGUCCGAGCUCGAUAUCACCCAGAUUGGUUCCCUCGUUGCCAUAGCCGGCACUCUUCCCACGGCUUGGAGACUACUGCAAUAUGCCUGGCGCGAGGCCUAUAGCUGUGUCCGGCGCUUUUUCCUUGCUUCGGUCACGAUCCCCGGAGGUGACCCGGUCAACCGGAGCGUCGUGAAAUGGGUCCUCGCCAACCGGCCCCGGCACUACCGCUCCUUCACAGGCCGUACCGAGGUUGGACGCCCCAGCUCAGACCGUGCUGCCGCUCUCAAGAAGACGCGCCACACGAUCCAGUACUGCCCUCACUGGGAUACACGGUGGCUCUGGUUCCGAGGUAACUUUUUCGUCGUCAAUCGGGCCGUUGGCGAUUUCAAUUCGUCACUAUCGGACCCUAGCUACGAUGGAAUCGGAGGCGAGGACCUGACCAUCAGCUGCUUUGGUUGGUCGGCGCAACCCGUCCAGGAUCUCAUCGAGACCUGCCGCGAGUACGCCGACAGGCAAACGCAGUACUUUGUCAUCAUCUACUCUCGUGACCGGUACGGCAUGUCGUGGAAACCUAAAGCACGCAAGCCCCUCCGCCACCUCGACACCGUGCACUUUGACAUGGGCGUGAAGCAGGAGCUGCUGGCCGAUAUCCGGAAUUACCUGGACCCGAAGACGCAGAUGCGCUACCAGAGCCGGAGUAUGCCGUACCGCAGAGGCUAUCUCUUCUACGGCCCGCCUGGAACCGGCAAGUCUUCGCUUUCCGUGGCGAUUGCCGGUGAGUUUGGGCUGGAUCUGUACGAGGUCAAGAUCCCCAGCGUUGCGACAGAUGCCGACCUGGAGCAGAUGUUUCAGGAAAUCCCACCGCGGUGCGUGGUACUGCUUGAAGAUAUCGACGCCGUGUGGGUGGAGCGUUCGAGCAAUCACGAGAAGAACAGCAACGGAAAUGGACGGGCACAUUCACCAGAGAGUAGCAACGUCCCCAACUGCACUCUGUCCGGAUUGCUGAAUGUUUUGGACGGCGUUGGGUCGCAGGAGGGCCGCAUUGUCAUCAUGACGACCAACCGACCCGAACAACUGGACAGUGCCUUGAUUCGUCCGGGCCGCGUGGACAUGAAGGUCCUCUUGGGCAACAUCAGCCCAAAGUCGGCAGCGGACAUGUUUGUACGCAUGUUCUCUCCCGAUCUAGGAUGCACGUCACACCUAGACAUGGAAGAGAUUGAGAAGCUUGCCAUCCAAUUUUCUAGCAAGAUACCAGAAGACACUUUGACUCCAUCUCAACUACAGGGCUUCUUCCAAGUACAUUUGGAGAGCCCGCAUGAUGCUGUGGAGAGCAUCGGUGGGUGGGUUGAGAAGGAACUUGCAAAGACCCAAUACAAGGAGUUUGAGUUCAUUACUCCCAAUGGGAAGACCUAG